UCUCCAAGUCAUUUCGCCCGGACGGCGAGUGACACCGCACGCUGUGAGCGUGAUCAUGCUCCGACGGUGAUAAGGGGAGCGCGAUAUCUCUUCUUUUUUUUUUUUUUUUUCAGCAAUUGACCACGAGCCGCUGCGCGAUCCCCGACGAGGAAAAAAAACAUGAAAAAGCUCGAGGCCGGUCCGGCUCUCGUCAGAGCUGCGGUGAGCUUCCCUGCGGAAGCGAUGCGGAAGAAGCGUCGUCCCUGCUCGAGCUUGGCUCCGAGCGAAGACGGCGGCGUCACGCCGGGUUUGCCCGACGGUGCCGGCGGCUCAAUGCACCAGUGCUCCAGUACCGCCACUCUGUCCGAGGGCGCCGGGCAGCGGCUGGCGACGGUCAAGCCUACCCACAGCGACGAGUCACUGGCCGAGCUGUUCGCCCUCAUUGAGAGCAACCCCUGCCUCUGGAAGAACGACUCGAGGAGCUUCAAAAACCUGCGACUCAAGCGUCGCCUUUGGGAGCGCUUCGCCCUUCACCUCCAGAAGCAUUUCCCCAUGCUGGGACCGUUCACUGGUGACAACCUACGAUAUGUGUACAGCAUCAAGAGGCGGCAGUACUACGAUGAGUUGAAGGACAAGACUGGGCGGGCAAAAAACGGGGAGCUCGAAUACACCGGUCGGUGGAAGUUCUUCGACUGCCUCAGCUUCCUGCGGGUUCACUCGGAGCCCUUCCGGGCUGCCGUCAUUAGUCCACUACUUCACUUCGAGAAAGAGCUGCUGAUCGAGCUGGAGGAAGAUAAUGACGAUGUGCUGUUGGACGACGGUGACGGGGUCAUAAUGGAACCGGACGAGCCUAGCAUCUUGCCCGACAGCGUCUCGGCGCCUCCUGUACAGCCGGGGGUUGCCAACGAUGAGCUCGCCACUGAAGACUGCGCCGAAUACACCAACCGCCUUGAGUCUCCUUCGGCUCCACAGCCCGCAAAGAAGGUCCGGCUUUCCCCUGACAGCGUUGAUGUAACGCCACUUCUCCCUUUAGCCACGUGCAGUAGCGGCGGCAGCAACACCGGGCCGCAUGUCGAGAGCGUGCAGUCGCUCAGUGCCGGCGGCUACUACGACGAAUGCGACCAAUUCGGCAAUAUAAUUGCUAAUUACAUGCGCCGGCUGUCGGAUGAGGACAGGCUCGAGUUCCACUGCCACAUCAUGAGCUGCACUAAAGACUUCUUCAAGUGCUUCACGCGUUUCAGCGAAAGACGGCGCCCUUAACUGAUGUGGACAUUGCGUGGCUUCACCGAGUCAGCUGCUCUGCAUAAUUAAAAAGUUGCACCAUGCA